CAUGGCGUCCGGCUGCAAGAUCGGUCCAUCUAUCCUCAACAGCGACCUGGCCAACUUAGGGGCAGAGUGCCUCCGGAUGCUGGACUCUGGGGCCGAUUAUCUGCACCUGGAUGUAAUGGACGGGCAUUUUGUUCCCAACAUCACCUUUGGUCACCCUGUGGUAGAAAGCCUCCGAAAGCAGCUAGGCCAGGACCCUUUCUUUGACAUGCACAUGAUGGUGUCCAGACCAGAACAGUGGGUAAAGCCGAUGGCUGUAGCAGGAGCCAAUCAAUAUACCUUUCAUCUUGAGACUACUGAGAACCCAGGAGCUUUGAUCAAAGACAUCCGGGAGAAUGGGAUGAAGGUUGGCUUGGCCAUCAAACCAGGAACUACAGUUGAGUAUUUGGCACCAUGGGCUAAUCAGAUAGAUAUGGCCUUGGUUAUGACAGUGGAACCAGGGUUUGGAGGGCAGAAAUUCAUGGAAGAUAUGAUGCCAAAGGUUCACUGGUUGAGGACCCAGUUCCCAUCUUUGGACAUAGAGGUUGAUGGUGGAGUAGGUCCUGACACUGUCCAUAAAUGUGCAGAGGCAGGAGCUAACAUGAUUGUGUCUGGCAGUGCCAUUAUGAGGAGUGAAGACCCCAGAUCUGUUAUCAACCUGUUGAGAAAUGUUUGCUCAGAAGCUGCUCAGAAACGUUCUCUUGAUCGAUGAAAUCUCAGCGAGUCCAGUGUUUCUGCUCAUGAAAUCUCCUUUUUAUUGGAAAACAAGAAGGAUGUCUACUAAAUCAUAUUGCAGUUGAAACUG